CCCGGGCUUGGUCUGAGGCAGCGCACACAAUGCAGCCGGGCUCGGCCCCGCGCGCCCCAGAGUGCAGGGCGCCCGCGCUCCCCCGACCCCAACUUGACGGACUCCCGGCUCGCCCAGCCCCCUCCCGGGCUAGGGCCCCCUCGCUUCGGCGGCAGGCGGAGGAAGUCGGUCCGCGGCCGCGGAGCCAGGCAACUUGCGAGCCGGGAAAAGUUUGCGGCGCCUCCGCGGGGCGGCGCGACGCGGCCCGCCCCUCGAGUCCGCGGUCACCGCGGGUGACUUUCUCUACUCGUCGUCAGUCGCGGCCGCAGCGCGGCCGGCGGGGACUGCGGGGAGGGCCGGAGUCCGUCCGAGGGCUCCCGCACCUCGGGCUGCGGCCCUGGAGAAUUGCUGUAGAAGAAGGAAAAGAGAGGAAGACAACACAGGAGGAGAUAAGUAGCUGUGGACACAAUGGAAGGUCACAUUGCUAAAUAGUUGUUGAGCAGAGGGAAAAGGUAGGAAAGGAUGUGGACUGCAGUGCUACAGUGCCAGCUAAUAACUUUCAUCAUGUACCUCCUUGGCCCAGGUGCUGUCUCUUCUACUCUGCUCCUUUUUUGCACUACCUUAUUUAGCACUUAAUUAUAUACUUUCUUGACUCACUUUGAGAAACACUGAUUAUGGGUCUGCCUCAAAGACAGAAUCCUAGUUUUGAAUUUUAGCAUUACUGAUCUAUUGCCUUGGAGGGGCUUAAGGAUGGCAGCCGUCUCUCCCCCUUGGGAUCUAGCUUUUAGAAAUAUUGAAGGGAAGAGAUUCUGUGAUCUUACAGGAAUAGAUCCACAGUUCAUCUCCAAAUUUGCUUUUAUAGAGAAGUGUAUGUCACCAAAACACAGCGAUCUGGUCAGAGAGGCUCCUACCCACAGACUUUUAAUAUAACUUUACUUUCUAGGGCAUUUAUUCUUGUCAAGUACUUUCUCUCCUGUCAGCUCACUUGUUCCUCACAAAAGCCCUAUAAGGUGUUAAUAUUAUUAAACAGACCCCUAUGAAGCACCUCAAGUCUUUCUGUCUUCUCAUCUCUAUUCUUGCACACCUUAUGAUAGACUAGUCUCUGAGUUUAUCACAUCAGGUUUCUAAAUUAAAGUCCCCUAAUCACUAUCUGUUUGUUCCCUCAUCAAGUUGACCUUUUCUGCCUGGCUUAUAAGGUGGCCUAAAAACCUCAUUUUCAUGUAAACAUUGUCUCCAUAGUUCAGGAACAUGGCAGGCUCACCACUAUGUGUUAUCCCAUAUUUCCCUCAUUAAUGAUGUCUCCUCUCAAACCACCUAGAUUCUACUCAUUCCUCGAUUUCUAGCUGCUUCUUGGAACCUUCCCAGAUCAUUAGCUUCUUAAAGAUCCCAGCUUUCUCUGAAUUCUGAUGGUAGCCACCCUUAUUUGAUCAAUUAUAUCCUGGUCUUAAAGUCCUAAUGGAAAAAAAAAAGUAUAUGAUGGAUUUUGUGUAGAGAAGAAAGCACUGGACUGAGCUUUAGGACAUCUGCUAAGGAGCUGUGUGAGUCAAACCAGGUUGCUUUACCUCUCUGGAUCUAUAUUUACUGAUCUGUUAAGUGGAAAGGAUUGGGCCAGAUAAUCUUGGUGGUUUCUACUCAUUGUGAUGUUCUUGGACAAUUUGACCUAGUUCAUGUGGGAUGUGAUUGAAGAUAUUAACUGAGUUCUUGGAUGGAAAUGUCAGUGAUGGGCACUCAGUGCCUUUAGGAUUUGUUUUGUACUAUCGCAGAAAUUUCCGAUGCUAAACUUGGCAAUUUUUAAAUGUCAUAUUCCUUUUCUCCAAACUCUUUAACCACAAUAAUUCAGGGAACAUUAGUAGGGGAUGAGUUACGUAUCUGGAUAAUAUGUAUUGUGGACAAUAUAACAUUAUCCUUAGGAAUGAUUUUGUAUUGUUGAAUAAAUAGGAUCAACUUCAUACACCUUAGUCAUAAACAUUUCAUCUUCAUGGAUAGUGCUAUAUAAGAAUAUAUUUAUGUUUUCUUUUAAUCAUUUCGUAAUUUGGGGAAUAUUAACAUAGUCAAAACUCUAGGGUAGAUGCUAUAUGAGUUUCUGUAGUAAUCUGGAUGGAGACAUGUUAUAAUUCUGCAUAUAUAUGUAUAUUUAUCUUAUGCACAUUAUGCUUAAACUUAGAAGGAUACCCCUGAACUAAGAGGUGCUAUUAUACGUUGACCAAACUUAAGAAUAUCUCUUUAAAGUGUGUUGACAUUUAAUUGACCUUUGAAAGUUCACUCUGUUAAUCAUACUCUAAGUGCUAAAGCUAUGGUUGACUGCUCUGGUGUUUUUAUAUUCAUUCGUGCUUUAGCAUAUAAAUUCUUCAGCAUAAUUGCUACUUAUUUAGUGAGAGUUUCCUUUCUUUGAAAAUGUGAGCUGUGCUUGUAUUUUUGUGUCCUUUUUUUUUUUUUUUUUUUUUAACUUUGCUUCAGGCUGGGUAGUGUUAGAGGUUUGAAUUAAAAAUGUUUUCCUGUCAGUA